UUUUAGCGUUUAACGUCUUUAUUAGGAAAGGUGUCAAGAGUCUUGACUAAAGACCAUUCUCCAAUUUGCGUCCAAGCGCCCAGCUCUCAAUCCACCAGCAAUGGUGGCCAACAAUGCGAACUCGAGCGCGAACAACGGUACCUGCCCCACCGCCGCCUGGCAUCCGCCCACAGACGCAGAGUCGACCACAUUCCGCCAUCAAACGUCACUACCCAAGCUGCCGAUCCCCGACCUGGAGGGCACGUGCCAGCGCUUCCUGGCGUCUGUGAAAGCUCUACAAACACCUGAAGAGCAGCACCAGACGGAGCGCAGUGUCAAGGAAUUCCUGGCCAGCGACGGCCCGCGAUUGCACCAGCAGUUGCUCGACUACGACAAGGACAAACACUCGUAUAUCGAGGACUUUUGGUAUGAGGCCUAUCUGAACCACCGCAGCUCUGUUGUGCUCAAUGUCAACCCCUUCUUCGUAUUGGAGGAUGACCCCACACCUUCGCGGAAUAACCAGCUUUCGCGUGCUGCAUCGCUCGUGUUGGGCGCACUCAAGUUCGUCAACGCUCUGCGUCGAGGCACACUCGAGCCCGACAUGUGGCGCGGUAAUAUGGCGCUGUGUAUGCAUCAGUACAAGCGCCUUUUUGGCUGCGCGCGCGUUCCCUCAGACGGUGCUGACGACGUCAUGGUGGACGAGCUGUCGAAACACAUUGUGGUAGUCUGCCGCAACCAGUUUUACUGGUUUGACGUCAUCUGGGAAGACGGUGUUACGGCCAUCACGGAGCGAGAACUGCUGGCCAACCUCAAGGCCAUUAACGAAGAUGCACUGAAGACCGACGACGUCGAAGCUGCGUCAAACGCCGUGGGGGUGCUGACCACGGAGCGUCGGGCCAAAUGGGCCAACCUACGUACCAAACUGCAGGCCAAGAACAAAGACACCCUAGCCGUUAUCGACCGCGCGCUGUUCCUCGUGUGUCUGGACACCACGUCGCCUCCAGAUGCCGCAGCAUUUGCGGCCACGGCACUGCACGGCACGUACAGCAUCACCAAGGACGGCGUCCAGACGGGCACGUGCAUGAAUCGCUGGUACGACAAGCUGCAGCUCAUCGUGUGCGAGAACGGCGUAGCCGGGUGCAACUUCGAGCACGCCUUCGUGGAUGGUCACACGGUGUUGCGCUUCGUGUCGGACGUGUUCACAGACACUAUUAUCCGCUUCGCACAGACGAUCCGGGCUGGUAACUACGCCUUCCUGGAGGCGUCAUAUCGCGCGCCGCAAUUGAGCCCAUCCGACACGCCUGGACGUCCGCGUGUACAGCCGCACAAACUCGAGUGGGAGCUGGAUCAUGAACUACAGGAAGGGAUCAAGUUCGCCGAGGCUCAGCUCACAGAUCUAAUGCUACAAAAUGAGGUCAAAGUGCUCGAAUUUACGGCGUUCGGUAAGCUGUUCAUCACUCAGCACAAUAUGAGCCCAGACGCCUUCGUGCAGAUGGCCUUCGCGGCCGCCUACUAUUUCCAGUAUGGCAGUGCACCGUGCAUCUACGAACCUGUUCUCACCAAGCGCUUCUUACACGGUCGCACGGAGGCUGCGCGUGCCAUGACAGCCGACGCACUCGAGUUCGUGGAGACUUUUUUCUCGGAGAAGACGCCACUCGAGAAGAUCGGAUCACUACGCAAGGCCAUCUCCACUCACGUCGCCAAUGUGCGCGACUGCGCUGGCGGUAAAGGUCCCGAACGCCAUCUCUACGCUCUCGAAUGUCUGUGGCAGCAUGAGAAGGCCGCUGAUAACAGCAAACCCACUCCUGCGUUAUUCGCAGACGACGCCUGGUGUAAGUUGAACCACUCGGUGCUGUCAACGAGCAAUUGUGGUAAUCCCAGUCUAAGGUUGUUUGGUUUCGGCCCUGUGGUGCCGGACGGCUUUGGCAUCGGCUACAUCAUUAAAGACGAGGGCAUCCAGUUCUGUGCUUCGUCGCGACACCGCCAGACUGAGCGCUACCUCAAGAAUCUCGAGUCGUAUUUGCUGCGUGUGCAGGACUUGCUCAUGUACGAAGAGGAGAUCCGAUUCCCUCACAGUACGGCCGCAAAGAAGAAGGCGGUACAGUCGACCUUCAAAGGCUACGGAUUCUUUGACGACGGCGGCCAGCCCACGGAGGUCAAGGCGCUGGCAUCUAUUGGAGCUGUUGGCAAGCCACUCGUUUAG